ACUUCACGAUGGUGGCGUUUUCUUAAUUUAUGAGUUGUACUAAAUAAAUAUCAGGAACUGAAACUGUGGUUUAUUUUUUUUCCACCAGUACAAAUGACGCAGGCCUGGCGCAAGUUGGCUGCCCCCCCUAACACCAUUGUAUUGCGAACCCAGGCGCUCGUGGCUGCAGUGUGCUUUGCGGUCAUUUCCCGCAGCACCUGAAACCUGCAACCCGCAGGUGGGACCCAUUCAGAGGAUGGCGGUGGGAGCCACCGGGACGGGCCGAGGCUUCUUUGAUUCAGACCUGAAGGGUGCUCACGAUUCACCUGCUGCAGAACACUACCAGUAUAGAAAGACCAUUCUGAAGACAAAGCUAAAGAAGACAGACACACUCUGAACUUCAUAAAACAUCUGAACUGCACAAAAGCCCCACAAGAACAACCUGACCACUAGGAAAAACCCUACAGACCUUGAACUAGAUGAAUUUCUGUGUCCCAGAAGUCUUAAGUGUAACGUGUGCCUGGAAAUGUUCUCUCCUAAAAGAAAAUUGAGCGUCCAUCUCUGUCGGAUGCGAACAGGAUCUUCUGAAAACCAUGGGGAAGAUGACCCUGAUACCCCUUCAACUUCCUGCCCAAAGCUAAAUCAGUCUUCUGGUUACAUGUUAAGCAAACCCUAUCAGUGUGCAGUUUGCUGCGUCUCCUAUAGCUGCUCCAUCAGCCUGAAGAGUCACCUGAGGUCAGUAUUGCACCAGACGCGCAGCAGAAAUGCUGAGUGUCCAUCUAGUUGUACAACAGAGAAUGUGAGAACCACUAAAGCUAACACCUCUUCUACAAAUUGUGCUAUAAACUCUGCGACCAGUAUGUCCACCUCACCCUCCACAAUGCUCUCGCUCCAUAACUCCAGUACUAGUACCUCCACCAUCCCUCUGCCUUGGGUCUCAUCGCAGCAGGAGUUUCUGUCCCUGUCCGCUAGCAGCCUUCAGACGCAGAACCAGAAUCUAAAUCCAGAUGCACCUGGUCAAGUUUUGACUCCGAGUUUGAGUUCUGCGCAAGUUCUCUUGGCAGAAAAAACCCAUGACUUACAGAAUUUGGGACUAUCGGUAGAAUUUUCUACAGCCCAGUCAACCUCAUCUGAAGAAAAGAUGGUGGAAAAAGCCCAGGACAUUGCAGAAGGUGUGGAUGAGAGAGUGAAUAAAAAAGGCAGUGACAGAGUUCAUUUGGAGCCAGAGAAUGCAAACUUGUCACCGAAGGACACAUUAUAUGCAGGGCAGAAGAUAAAAGAGGGGUGUACAGGGAGCAAGGGCAUCGGGAUCAGAAGUCCCCUAAAAUAUACCAAGAAGGGGGCUGUUCAGGAUGUAGAAGAAAAUGGGAUGGCUGGAGAGAACACAACAGACAAAAAAAAUUAUGGAGUGCAGAUGCAAUUUAAACGGUGUCAAAAUAGUGAAAGGAAAAUUGCAGUACCUUGUGAAGUGGUUCCCCAAAGUCCAUUGGCAUUCCAAGCUACUCAUGACACAAUCCUUCCUCAAAGUGCCCCACUGCCUUGUAGCACAUCCCCAUCCAGCAACACCCAACUCGGUACCACAAACCUUCAAUUUUCCCUGAGACCCAGCAGCACCCGGCAGAACUCUCAUGCUGACAUAAGUGCAAAGCAUUGCUUAACUGAGAGUCUUGAAUACACCCCUGAUGGCAGUGACGUGAAAACACAUUUCACACUGCCUGGAACUGACUCUAAACCCUCUGAGGUGGCUCUUCAGGGUUAUAGUGGUGUGGAUCUGAAAUCUUCCCAAACCAAACCAAUGACGCUGUCAGACUUUCAAUCACAGGUGUUACGGGCUUUCCUUGAGUCCCAGAGCCAAGCAGAUGUAGCUGACCCUUCCCAGCAGAAUUGUGAGGAACUGGCCAGGGAGGUGGGACUCGGUGUGGAGGAGAUCCACAAGUGGUUUGGGGAUGUCCAAAAGACUAAGGCGCAACAGAAUAGCAGAGGAGGGAAGGAUGGCAUUCAUCCGGUCACUAUGGUAGUUGACCACAGAAAAGAUAUUAGGAAGAGGAACCAUGGUAAAAAUGUAAACAGAGAAAUUGGAGGCCAAGGAAACUUCUGUCAGACUUCUGAGUCAAACCGGGAAGAAUUUUACACUGCAGCCAUUGUAACAGAUGAGGAAAGUCAAAGCAGGCUUGAGCAGGAUGAACAAAGCACCCUAGCCAAAGUAGGAAAUCAUGAUGAGGAGGGAGUUACAGGGGAAGGAAAGGUACUCCUGUCAGAUGAACUGUCAGUAACUGUCAGGAAAAGAAAGUGGAGGAACAGCAUGAUUGUAGAACAAGAACUGGUGAAUAUUAAGAAGGAGAAGCUGAAUCCUGAUGUAAACCUAGAGUUGGGAACUCUGUCUGACUCCCCUGCUCCUCCAGUCUCAUUUGAACAGGGCAGUCUGUCCAGGAUCACUACUGGUGCCUCUUUCCCUUUUUCCAUUGCUCCUGUCAUAACAUCAUUUUCAAGUCCUCUUCUCUCACUACCACCUUCUGUGGUUGGAUUGGGGAUUUCUAAAGGUACCAAACCAGAUCAAGGAAAACGUCCAAUCCUACCCAGACCACUAGCCACUCACCCCUUUUGUGAUCCCUUGAAGAUACCACUGCUUACCAGACACACACCUCCAUGUCAAACUCUGUAUGGCAAAGAUGACAAUGAGUCUGCCCUAGACCUCAGUGUUGGGAAGAAUUGCAGCCCAGUGUCAGCUUCAUCCACUUCUACGUCUGCUAAUAAGAUUCCAGAGCAAAACCAGUUAUUCAAGGGGCUUGGAUUGAAUGCAGUAACAAAGAAGGGCGCUCCUGAAACAUCAGAUCUUAUAGUGGUCCAUGUGAAACCUAAGUGUACAUUUGCAGCGUCCACGUCUCUCAACGGCAGCAUUAAUAAAAUGAACAAGGGCAUCAAGGCUGCAGAGCCAAUCAAUAAUGGUAAGAGGAAAAAAGAGACCAAAGGAGGACAGCAAGAAGAGAGAAAGUAUACUAGUAGGGAUAUUCAACUAUUACGGGGGCGUUCCAGAACAAUCAUUCAACCUGAACAGUUAGAUGUGCUCUAUGGUUGCUACUUCAAAGAACCAAAUCCUGCAAAGCAUGAAUUUGAGCGGAUAUCAGAAUGGGUCAAACUUCCAAAGAGGGUUGUCCAGAUUUGGUUUCAGAACAUGAGAGCUCGUGAACGGAAAGGGGAAGUCCGCUUUCUUGGUAGUGGCACAUUGGCGGCUGUGGGCAAGCCUCUGAUAAAGUUCACCUGGCCACUUUCAUCGCCCGUCUUGUCUAAAGGCACAAAUCCAAACACGGGUGACCGCAAACUCCGUAGGGUAACAGCAGAUGUUAGUUUAGUGGAUGCUUGUAUAAAAACACCACUUACUAAAAAUGUAGCGAGAGAGACCAAAAGCUUUGCUAAUGCAAAACUUAUGACUUGCUGCUCCUCGGAUGUCAGAAGUCUCACAGUGUCGAAGACUGGCACACAACUGUCUUCUCCUAAGGCUAAAUCCUUUACCCAAGCCUCAAAUUUCUCUGUCCCAUUUGCAAUAAUAGAGACUUACCCUCCUCGCUCACCUCAGAAAUGCAAGAGAGACAAAGAUGAUGAACUGCAUGAUAAGGUAAAGGAAAAUGAUAAUGAGGAAGAUGAGCCAGAGAGUCAUAUUUCUGUGCCAGGAUCCACCAGUCAAAUGGCACCAAAAGUACCCCUAACACCUGUAGGCAAGCACUCUGAUUCUCAAAAACAAUCUGGUCUCAACUACUGGACUACCAAAGCUGUAUUGAGUAUGAACACGCCAAAUGAACAGAUGGUGUUCCCCUCUCACAAUUGUUUAUCUAGAAUCUCAAUGUCAAGUCCACCUGGGUUCUUGUCCAAUCCAGGGACACAAUGCAAUAGCAACCUGCAGCAAUGCAUUCCUCGCCGACCACGGACUCUCCUUACCAACCUGCAACUCUCCAUUCUACAGUCGUGCUAUGAGAUAUGCCCUCACCCAAAUGCAGCAGAGUGUGAGGUAAUGGGCUCGGAGCUGAAGCUGCCUCAGAGAGUUAUACAGAUAUGGUUCCAGAACACCCGAGCAAAGGAGAAGCGCUGGUAUCUCCAGCAGGAAAAGCAGUUGAAUGAUACAAAAGACUUGUCAGCCAGAGUAAACUUUGGUUCAAGCGGCUACCUUGAGUACAGAGCACUUCGGGCUAAUCGCCCCAUCUUACCCAAACCAGUUCAGUUCACACUGCUGGUAUCAUCGGAACCCUCUGAUGUGGGCUAUUCAAGUCAUGAGGCUCUAAAGGGAAGGUGUGAGGAGCUGGAGGCCAUAAAAGCCCGGGUACGAGAGAUGGAGGAGGAAGCGGAGAAGCUGAAGGAGCUACAGAACGAGGUGGAAAAACAGAUGAACCUGAGCCCUCCACCCGCAGGCCCAGUCAUUAUGUCCCUCGAGGAGAAAAUGGAGGCUGAUGGGAGGUCAAUCUAUGUAGGAAACGUGGAUUAUGGGGCGACAGCAGAGGAGCUGGAAGCUCACUUCCAUGGGUGCGGCUCGGUCAACAGAGUCACCAUACUGUGUGACAAGUUCACGGGCCAUCCCAAAGGGUUUGCUUAUAUCGAGUUCGCGGACAAAGAGUCUGUGAGGACGGCGAUGGCACUGGAUGAGUCUCUGUUCAGGGGAAGGCAGAUCAAGGUUGGAGCUAAGAGAACCAACCGACCAGGCAUCAGCACCACAGACCGCGGGUUUCCCCGUGCUCGUUUCCGCUCACGAGGGGGGAAUUUCUCAUCCCGGGCACGGUACUACAGUGGGUACACCCCCCCACGAGGCAGAGGGCGGGCCUUCAGGGGCCGAGGGCGAGCGACAUCGUGGUAUUCCCCUUACUAAUCCCCCAACCUUACUGUCACCACCUUUUUACCCUUGCAAAAAAAGAAUGAAAAAACACAAACAAAAAAGGAAGACCCCAGAAGAGAAAAAAAGAUGAGGAAAAAAGACGGAGAGGAAAAAAAAAAAAUCCUGGACAGACUGGCUGCCGUAGUAUUUUGAUUACGAGUGUGUUUGUGUGCAUGUGAGCGUGCGUGAGUGUAUGCGGCGAGCGCGCGUGUGUGUGUGUGUGUGUGCGUGCGUGUGUGUGUGCAUGUGCGCGCGCGCACGUGCUGAGGUAUUGCAGCUGCCCUGGUAAGGUGCGGAUGGCCACAGGGAGAUCUGGUGCUGUUUUCCGGUUGGGGAAGUCGCCGUAAUCUCAGGCUGCAGAUGUGUGUGUGUGUGUGUGUCCCCACUUUGGCUGUGAUAUCACACAGAAAAGCAGUGGUAGAGAAAACGGUGCCUCUGAGGUCUGACAAUGCUGGGCACGUGUUGAUAACGGGAGUGUUCUUGUGACCCUUUUUUUGCUCUCCUGUUUGUUCUGCUCCUCCCUCCUUUUUCCUGGUUCAGUUCCUCACCUCGUUCAUCUGUAAGCGGCUGCUCUUGGUGCUUGUGUGUGUGUGUGUGUGCGUGUGUGUGCAUGUGCGUGCGUGUGUUUGCCACGCCAGACUGGCAUGGCCGGAUACUGGACACUCCCAUCUCCCUUUCCACACACAUCCACCCCCCCCCCCUCUGUGUGUAUUAGAUCACUUCUUGUCGUUUCAGGUUUCAGGACCAGUGGAGGCUGACCACCCCUCCGCCUGUGGCUGCGGCGCCCCCCACAGUGUCGGCGGCGUCACUGUCUCUCUCUGCCCCCGCUAUGCACACUCACCCCAUCCUGUCUGUGUGGGGUGGGGGGCAAGGCGACC